AUGAAUGAGUGUCGCUUAUACGUAAUUAAAUUUGAAACUAUUGUAUUCAAUAAUAAUAGUAGCGCUCAAACAAAGCUUGUCUACUGGAAAAGGGACCCAGGCGUAGGCACUAAGAGCCGCAUUGAACGAGUCAUAGUGAUUAUCCCGCAAUCCUCAGAUCCAAACAUCGAGUCGCAGGGAAAACCAUACGAGC